AUGGAGCCCGGCGUCCGCGAGCCGCUGCUGCCCAGGGAGGCCGGCGAAGACGCCCAGGCCCUGGGCCAGGAGGACCCCCGGCAACUGGAGAAGGACUACUACCGGUCGCUGCCCAGCCGGCGCCUCUUCGCCGCAGCCUUGGCGGCCGUGCUGGGCAACUUCAACUUCGGCUUCGCCCUGGUCUACCCGUCGCCCGUCAUCCCGGCCUUGGAGGAGUCCGGCGCGCCCAGCCUGCGCCUCAGCCCCGCCGCCGCCUCCUGGUUCGGGUCUGUCUUCACCCUGGGAGUUGCUGCAGGUGGUCUGGGCACUAUGUACUUCAACGAUCACUUGGGCCGCAAGCUGAGCAUCAUGUUCUCUGCUGUCCCUUCUGUCCUCGGGUACCUCCUGAUGGGCAGCGCGCAAGAAGUCUGGAUGCUGCUGGUGGGCAGGCUACUGACGGGGUUUGCAGGUGGCAUGACAUCUGCCUCCAUACCGGUCUACAUUUCCGAGAUCUCUCACCCUGGAGUCCGAGGAGCUCUGGGUUCCUGUCCUCAGAUCAUGGCUGUCUUGGGUGCCCUCGUCCUCUACGCUUUAGGCCUCGUCCUUCCCUGGCGCUGGCUGGCCGUGGCUGGGGAGGUCCCGAUCCUCAUCAUGAUCAUCUUGCUGUGCUUCAUGCCCGAGUCGCCACGUUUCCUGAUCUCCAAGGGGAAGGAGGAUGAAGCUCUGAGCGCCUUGACCUGGCUGCGGGGGCAGGAUGCCAAUUACUGGUGGGAGUACGAACAGAUCAAAGACAGCGUGAAGGAGCAGAACAAACCAAUCACUUGGGCGGAGCUCAAAACCCCCUACAUCUACAAGCCAGUGGGCAUCACCUUGCUGAUGCGAUUCCUGCAGCAGCUCUCCGGCGUCACCCCCAUCCUCGUGUAUCUGCAGGUGAUCUUCAGCAGCACAGCUGUCAUUCUGCCGCCGCAAUAUGAUGCUGUGAUUGUGGGGGCCGUGCGCUUAGCAUCCGUGAUCGUUGCUGCAUCUUCAAUGGAUAAAGCUGGGAGAAAGAUCCUCCUCUACAUCUCAGCUUUCAUCAUGCUUGCCUCCAACCUGACCAUGGGCUUCUACAUAUACUAUGUCCCUCUACAUCUCCACAACGCCUCCACCACGGCUGUCAACAGCAGCCAUGAGAGUCUUGCCCCCCACCCAGCAAACAGCCUCACCGCCCUUCCUUUGGUCGCCAUCAUGUUCUUCAUCAUAGGAUACGCCAUGGGUUGGGGUCCCAUCACCUGGCUGCUGAUGGGCGAGGUUCUCCCCCUGAAGGCACGAGGGGUGGUGUCGGGCCUCUGUGUGCUUGUGAGCUGGUUGACAGCCUUUGCCCUGACGAAAGCCUUUCUGCCGGUGAAGGAAGCCUUUGGCCUGGACGUGCCCUUCUUUUUCUUCAGCAUCAUCUGCGUGAUGAACCUGAUCUUCACAAAAUGGUUGAUUCCCGAAACCAAAGGCAGGUCCCUGGAGCGAAUAGAAUCGUAUUUCCGGACUGGGCGGAAGUCAUUUCUGGAAUCCUUCCGGCGCCAUAGAUAA